CAUAGUAUAGAAUAUAAAAAUAAAGUGAAAAGAAAGAGAAAAGAGUAGUACGAUGCAUAGAUCACCUUCCACUUGUUUGGGUCAAUCGACAUCCGAGAUGCUUCACUUCCAUCCUCAAGCAGAAGACAUAUUAACAGACGAAGACUUGUUAGAACUCUUUCGAGUUGUUAAACAAAUCAUUCGUAAAAAACCAGACCCAGAACGAAUAGCCAAAUUGUAUUUUUGUAUUGUGUAUGCUAUGGGAGAUCAUUAUCAGUUCUAUAAACCUAUUCAUACAGACCAACUUGUAUUUCGAGACGAAACAAGUGCAACAUUGGCUGAGGUCCAACUCCCUUCUUCGGUAACAUGCUGUCAUCCUGACUCUCCUAGCAACCAUAACAACAACAAUACAGUGGCUGUGCCUCAACGUAUUUUAUCUGUAUCUUACCUGACGAAUCCCUCUCCCAGUCCUCAAUUGCCUCAAAUGAACACUCGUGAAGAAACAAGUACAGAUCAAUACUCUGUUAGACCCUAUACAAACAUCAGACCCAUCUAUCCUUCAAGUCUACAGCCUCCUUGGUCACCUAUUGAGCAUAGUCCCUCUCAUUUAGGCAGAUACCCACAUUUGAAUACCUUAAUGAACACGAACAAUGAAGUCUUGAUAGAACCUAAACAGAGGGGAUUUUAUUAUCAAGAUGGAAGAAUCUCAAGAGAACCGGCUUUAUUACAACGCUUUGCUGAGCAGGGCGUAUUGACACAAGCCUCUUUAAUGCGAAAAAGAAAAAAGACAUUGCAUGAUACGGAUUAUCCUUAUGAACUCUCUACUUUACCUGCACCCGCCAAGAAACCCAAAAUUCCUCAUCGUCAUGGUGAAUUUAAACAAAGACGUGAUGAUAUUAUCAGUCGUAUGCGGACCAUUAUGAUGGCAGACUUGGAACAAAAAGCACAACGAUUACCCUCUGACUUUACACUCGCUAUCGAAAAAGCAGCACUCCCACCUAACCUCAACCCAGAUGAACUCAGUACAGAUGAAGCAAGCCAAUUACUCGCACCUGCCUUACGUAUCCUGACUGAACAUUCCAACAUGAAGCCUCAUUUGGACAACGGCAUGAACCAAAACGGUAUUUAUUACAACAAUGACUAUUUUAGACUUUACCUGGCCUUUAUUCAGUUUCAAGAGAUCUUUGCCCAACUGUUUCCGAAUGAAGUGAUCAAAAUGGCUACCCUCUCUUCUUCAGACGAUGUCAUGUCCCCUAGUAUGGCUGAACGAGACAAGGACCGAGAACGGAAUGCAAACAUGAAGGCUUAUCGUGGCUGGAUUGAACCAUUUUUGACUGAAACUAAUUGGGCUGCUUUCAGAAGAAACAUCAUGGUGGGUGAACGUAUCAUGCAGCUCACUAAGGUAGUGGGACAAGGUGUCUUGCUCAUGACGAAAGAACUCAGUGGUUCUAAACUUCAUUUGACGUUUACCAACAAUGAAUGGGACGAAUUCAUUCAAGGUCUCUCUGCUGGCUUAUGGGACGAGACCAUCGACUGGAGUCAUGAAGAAGACAAUAGUAUGAGUGAACAAGACCGAAAAAACGUUCAUGGUUCAUUAUUGGUAAAUGAAUUGAGACUCAAAUUUGCAACUCACUUUUGGUUCACAGAAGAAGGUACUGUCGUGCCACCUGCAGAACGAAAAGCCGCUAGAGCAAGAGAACGUCAACAUCAAUCUAAAUCAUCAUUAUAACAAAUCUUUAGUGUACAUGUUUAAGAAAGAAUUUUAUGCCCCUUUUCCCCCUUUUCCUCUCUUUUUAUAUAUUCUAGAAGUAUGUAUAUAAUUAUAAUAACAAUAAAAAACUACCAAAAAAAAA